UACCUUAAUUCCAUAAUUUCUGCUCGCACACUCUCUAUCUAUUUGGCUCAUAGGAUAAUUUGUCGGAGGAAAAAGAAAAUGGUGCGGCGUUAUGCGAUGAAAGCAGGGAAGAAGAGGAAGCAGAGAGAAGAGAGGUAUGACAGAGGAGAAGAAGUAGAAGAAGAAGAAGUAGCAGAGCAACCAGUGGAAGAUGAAGCAAUUGCAAAGAAAGCUAUGACAGAGAGAACAAGUGAUGGUGAAGAGGAAGAAGAAAAAGAGGAAGUGAAUGAACUUGAGGGCAUCCCAAUUGACCCGAGUGACCUCAAAGUUGCCAACAAGCCUAAAGUCAUCUUUAUUCUUGAAAGGGCUUCUUUGGAAGUUGCAAAAGUUGGAAAGACUUACCAGCUGUUGAACUCGGAUGACCAUGCCCAUUUCUUGCUGAAAAAUAACAGAAAUCCUGCUGAAUACAGGCCUGACAUUGUUCAUCAGGCUCUCCUAAUGAUGUUGGAUAGCCGACUUAAUAAGAGUGGGGGGUUGCGAGCUGUCUAUGUGAGAACCGAGAAAGGUGUCCUUAUUGAAGUUAAACCACAUGCUCGCCUUCCAAGGACAUUUAAGCGGUUCUCUGGUCUCAUGUUGCAGGUGCUACAAAAACUGAGUACUAGUGCUGUUGGUAAGCGUGAGAAACUUUUGCGUGUGAUUAAGAAUCCUGUAAGCCGGUAUCUACCUGUCAACUCUCGCAAAAUAGGAUUCUCAUUUAGUUCGGAAAAAUUGGUUGAUAUAAACAAAUAUGUCGCAUCUGCUAGCAGCGAUACUGACCUUGUUUUUGUGGUUGGUGCGAUGGCCCAUGGGAAAAUUGAUAAGGAGUACGCAGAUGAUUUUAUAUCAAUUUCUGGUUACCCUCUGAGUGCCGCAUACUGUAUUACAAUGAUUACCAAUGCUUUGGAGACGAAGUAUAAUAUAUUGUGAGCCACACUCAAUUCUGUUAUUUGACAACAAUAUGUAUUAUUUGGAAAGUCUUAAAUUCAUUGAUUUUCAAGUAGUACAUGUAAUCUAGAGUGCAGUGCUUUGAGGAACUUCAGCAAUUUUGUUUUAGGAAUUAUAUAAUUGUUGUCAGCUAUUCGAAGGAUUCAGGUUGGCAUUUUCAUUUA